CACCACCGAGCGCAGCCCGGCACACCGAACCGACGACGGAUAGCUUGCUUGACUUAGAUAUACCCUUCUGUGCGUGAAAGAGAAGCAGCAUCCACCUGCCUUUCUUUCGCGCGAAAUCACAUCAUCUGCGCAGUCGGACAUCGUCGGAAGCAUUGAAGCAGUUCGUCCAGACAACCACCAUGACUGACCCGCGACGCAGCGCGCGCUCCACGAAGGGUGUCAACAGCCGCCUCUCAGAAAUCAACGUACUCGAGACCGCGUCGCCGACACCUGCAAAACGCCGGAAAUCCACGCCGAAAAACUCCACAUCCGCGUCCGAGUCGCCGAGCAGAGAAGAUGGUGAUGUGGAGGGAAAGCCAGACGACAUCAUCCGAUGCGUGUGUGGCGCUAGCGAGGAGGACGAGGACGACGAUCGCAUGAUGAUUCAGUGUGAGGGCUGCGACGCGUGGCAACAUACCCAGUGUAUGGGAAUUCCGAAGAAAAAAAUACCUAAGCAAUACUUCUGUGAGGUUUGUAGCCCUGAUCGGCAUGAAUUUCUGCUUGAGCAGAUGGCGCUGGGCGAGAAGCCGUGGGAGAAGAAGGGUGGUAUGAGGAAAAGAGCGCCGGCGAAGCAGAAGGAAGCCGCUGCUACUCCGGUGAAACCGAAGGAAACGACUCCCAAGCAGAAAGAAGCAACCAAAGAAGCAGCACCAAAACAAAAAGAGGUCACCCCGAAACUGAAAGAAGCCACUCCUGCGCGUGGCAAGAGAGGAGCAUCUACGACGACCGAAAAGUCAAAAGCCGCACCUGUAGCUCCCGCUCCGCCUCCGCCUCCUCCGACAACGACGACGACUCCAAGAACCACGUCACGCUCUCGCACGGCGAGCAACAAGGCUGCUACGGAAACCCCUAAAGUCACUGCUCCACCAGCAACGCCUAGAACUGCUGCAAUUUCCGAGAAAGCUGCUCCAGCCUCGGCCUCUCCGCCAACGGCUGAGUCGGUUGAGGAUGAAGUGGUGCAGGAUGUGGAGGCAUCAGUGAGUAAGGAGAAGUCAAGGAAGAAAAAUGGCGAAGAUGUCCCAAUGGAAGAUGUGAAACCGGUCAAUGACGAUAAGAUGGACAUCGAUGAACCGGAAUCUGAAGUUCCUGUCGUAGAAUCGUCGGAGGAGGCGCUUGACCGUACAGACCGUGAUGCCACUAUCCCGGCGGAAGACAUGCCCCCUCCACCUGCUCCACCACUACCCCCUCAUACGUUUGUAGAAGCAAAACCCAACAAGUCGCUGCCCCACAUUGUCACCGAUACCGCAGCACAAAGACCCAAGAACAAAAAGGAUGGAAGCGACACUGUCAUGACCCCAAAGACACCCAAAUCGGCGAAGCGCAAAUCAAGCGCCGAUUCGGACAGUGAAUACAAAGGAGACGAUGAUAAGCCCGUCGAGAAGAAGCAGCGUCGGGGAUCGAUAGUCGCCCAUUCACCUGAAGUGACCACGCCAAAGACGCCCCACCCGGCAGACCGGAGAAAGUCCUCUUCGGCCGCGGUCAGGUCAUCCCCAGCAUCAAAAUUGGACUACACGCCACAGACGGAGCUUGUCGAGAAGAUUGAGGACCUACGGAAUUCUCACCGCCAGAAAGUCGUGAUGUAUAUGAAAACGUGCAUGUCGGAGCAUGCGAAACGCUUGGUCGACGACAAGAAGAUUACGUUACAGCCAGAAUCAACCGUCGACUCGUUGUGCGAAAACCGAGCACUCCAGAUUGAGCACCAUGUUUACUUGAACCACAACACAGACGGCACACUCCCUGGCGAGUAUUCCAAGCGGGCAAGGACUAUCUCAUCCAACCUCAAGAGCAAUGCUGCUCUGAGCGACGAAAUUCUGGGAGGAAGGCUCAGUUGUGAGAGGCUGGCGCACAUGACGACAGAAGAGAUGGCAUCUCAGGAAUUGAAGGAUCUGACCCAACAGGUCCGCAUGGAGUCUGAGAAGCAUAAUACGCUGAUCAACGAGACGGGCCCCAGGAUCAGAAGGACUCAUAAAGGCGAGGAGCUUGUGAACGAGGAAAUGCCCGCCCAGUCCGGUCAAGACACUCUUCUCGACACCGGUGCUGUUGUUUCCCAGCGCCCGGAGCCCAUCGACGAUCUAACGCCUGCUCCUCCCGCAGGGUCCGAUACGCCCAUGGGGUCCCAGUCUCCAAAGCAACCUGCUGAUGCUUCCAUCAGCCCUCCCCCUGGUACUUCGGAAACGCCGCGUUCCCCGAGUCAAACAUUACCAGUUGAAGGACCUACGGCCGAGAAAGACAAAAAGAAGAAGGAUAACCGGUCGUUCAAUAUUGAGACUGUCUGGAGCCAUGUCGAGUCGCCGGAUACAGAGAGGAGACCGACGCGCCCACCGCCAGCUCAGAUGCUGCAGCGCAUCACGCCUACCGACAGUAAGAUCGAUAAGGAUAUCGACAAUAUGUUGAGGGAUGAUGAUGCCGGAACACCACCGUACUCUCCCCACAGCUAUAACGAUCCUUAUUCGCCGAAACCGGAUCUAGACGAUAAUACUGUGUGGCGUGGGCUGAUAGAGAUGAGCUUCAUCGGAAAGUUCAAUGCCACAGCAUCUUUGAUAGGUGGACCGGAACGCAUUGGAGACAUGCCAUGGCUUGAGCUACUGGCUCCCGUCAUUGACAUCGACGGCAGGAUUAAGCACGCACGCGCGACCGAGUACCUGUGCGGGCAGAGGUUCUCGAAGUCAAGCACAAUGAUUCUCGCUUCCCUCAAGCCGGAGCACUUGGCCAGCCAGACGUCAUUCGAUAAACUAUUCGAAUAUUUCAGUCUUAAGCAGCGAUAUGGAGUGGUCAGCAAGCGCGGCGAAAAGUGGAUGAAGGACCUGUAUGUCAUUCCCUUGGACGUCGGUGAGCCGCUACCAGACUGGUUCGGCGUUGUCGAUCCCCAAUGCAAGAUUCCGGAGAACAGGAGUUCCAAGAUGGUGGUGCUCGCCUGCGUGGUUAUCAGGGGGCUCGUUCCGGGUUAUGUUGAGAAUGGCCAGGCACGCGGCAGCUUCUCGAUGCCGAGUACUCCAAGCGCCCCGCAGUUCGCCACCCCCCAGCAGCCAAUGCCCUCGCCAUUCCCAUCUGGAAACAUGACCCACCGCCCGCAGCCAACCCACCAAGCGUUCUCGCCGGCAACAGCUGCUCCUCCGCAGAUGCAUCCACACUACGCCAACAAUCAGCACUCAAACAUGCAAGUACAGUAUGGUUACCCCCCACAGCAGCCCAUGAAUCUACCGCCAUUACAGCAGUAUCCUCCUCCUCCACCGCUGCAGCCCACGACCUACGUCCCCACUCACGCCAUGACUCGCGAGUUGAUCCAGAUCAUUCCGAGGCUGAGCGAGAUACAGGCACGUGCGAUUGAUAAGCUGCUUCUCGACAACCCUUCGUUACAGACCAAUCCAGACGUGUUGGCCAGAGAGGUCGAGAAGGUCCUUGGCGCCGUUACCGCCUGAAAAGCGGCUUUUUCGUACUCUUUUCUUUUCUUUCCAUUUCCUUGAUGUUCCUUUGAUC